GGAGAGAAUGUAAUCCAUUCCCAGUUCGAAAUUUAAUAUGUGGAAGAAUGGCACAGUCCAAACCGUCACACCAAAGUGUUUGCUCGGGUGACAGUGGUAGUCCUCUUGUGUUUAAUAAAAAAGUUAUAGGAAUCGUAAGUAUAGGAGUGGCUGCGUGUGAUGAAACGAUUCGGCCAUCAGCAUACACCGAAGUUUCAAAGUAUUUAGACUUCAUCAAUGGUGUUUUGAAUGGAAAGUUUACAAACGAUACUUUAAUAAAAUCACCCGUGGGGUAAAAGCGGGUAAUUGAAAACCUAACUUCUUGCAUGAAAGGCACGACAAAUCUCAAAUAAUAGAAUUAAAUUUUCGAAACAUUUAUAUAGUUAAAAAUUAUACGAAAACAAGUUGUAUAUGAAUAUGUAUUACUUUUCAAUCAUAUUUAAUUGAUUUUUGUAUUUCAAGAGCAUAAAAUCAAUUAGUUUUGUGUUUAAUAUUCUCUGUCUGUAAGUGAAAUAUAAGAGUUACAUGCUACAAAGGAAUUUUUUACCUAUUUAAAAAUAAUUUUUAUGGUUAAAGUAUGAGGACAAUAUAGAUAAAAAUAAUCAAUAUUAAACAAAUGU